CACGAGCGAACGUGGACGUGUUCUAGGUCAGUCACGUGACUCAUUCAUUGCCGGCUCGGGCUCUGCAGCUGACCCAAGAUGGAGGAGUACGCGCGCGAGCCUUGCCCCUGGCGGAUAGUGGAUGACUGUGGUGGUGCCUUCACAAUGGGAGCCAUAGGUGGUGGAAUCUUCCAGGCUAUCAAAGGGUUCAGAAAUUCCCCAGUGGGUGUAAACCACCGGCUGCGGGGAAGUUUGACAGCUAUUAAAACCAGAGCACCACAAUUGGGAGGUAGCUUUGCAGUCUGGGGUGGUCUCUUUUCCAUGAUUGACUGUAGUAUGGUGAAAAUGAGGGGUAAAGAAGAUCCAUGGAACUCAAUCACAAGUGGUGCCUUAACUGGAGCCAUAUUGGCCUCAAGAAAUGGACCAGUUGCCAUGGUUGGUUCAGCUGCUAUGGGAGGAAUACUUCUAGCUUUAAUUGAAGGAGCUGGUAUCCUAUUAACAAGAUUUGCCUCCACACAAUUUCCAAAUGGCCCUCAAUUUUCAGAUGAUCCCUCCCAGUUGCAGCCCUCCCCAUUUGGAGAUUAUAGGCAAUAUCAAUGAUUACAUUGUUCUACUGUUUCAUAUUGUACAUGUGAGCUGUCAUUUAUAAAGUGCUGGAAAACCAAGAUACAGAAAAUUGGAAGUGUAUGGUAGACCUCUUUGUGCAAACUAUGGCAAGAGGACACUUAGCACUUUUUCAUUGUAAAGAUGCACAAGAGAACUUUUAGAAGAUCAUAAAUAUAUUUAUUCAUCAUAGGAUUCCAUUGUUGUAAAGUUGAUAUGUCUGACAUAACACAUUAAUGCGUAAGAUGAGGAUCAAACAGAAUGCUAUACUACUUUGGAUAUGGAAUGAAUUGAAUUUCCUUGGGGACUUCUCUGAAGUGUGGUAUUAACAAGGGUUCGAUUUAGUCACAGAAUCCAUGCCUUCAGCCAGCGCUGGCCGGAAGCUGCAGGGUCCCCUGGUGCCUGUGGAGGCCAGGAGAUGCAGGAGCCCCCUGCUGCUCCCGGCCACCACAGGUGGCACGGGGGAUCCCUGCAGCUUCCUGCCACGGCGGGCAGCACAGGGGAUCCCCACCGCUGCAGUGGCAGGGGGGACCCCUGGAGCUUCCGGCUGUUGUGGGCAACUGGGGGAAACCUCGGCCACUUGGAGCCACCAGUGGAAGGGGACCCUGGAGCUCCCAGUCCAUGUGCAGAUGCCUAGGCUCCCAAUUUUGUCAUGGAUGUUUUUAGUAAAAGUCAGGGACAGGUCAUGGGCUUCCAUGAUUUUUUUAUUAUUAUUAUUGUUAUUA